CUAGCUUUCUUUAGACAAUUUCGAAACAAGACAUAAAGAUAAUAACUUACUUUCGAGCAACAUAUUUAAUUUUUCUUGAUUAUAACCAUCCGCUGAUCUUUGUAGAUCAGUUCGGUAGUAACAAAUUAACAAUUCAAUAUAUAAAGUACCAGCAAAACUAAGCUAGAAGUUUAUUACUAGUAUAGACUUGCUACAUUGCAUGCAAGUAAAGUAUUUUUCGAACACAAGGAUUGAUAUCUCAGCUAUGUGGCGAAUGACCGCAUGUGCAAAAUGGGAAUGCGAAGCAAUUUACGUAACAAUAUUCCUUACCUCAUGCAAUAAAAUUCCGAAGCGGAGUUCAUCAUCCUGAUCCUGCCAUUAACAAGAACAUAUUCGAUAUUAAUUACGACAGGUUCGCGUGUCAGUAACGACGCAUUCUGUUACCGCAACAAUGAAACAUGGUUACUUCAAUUCAAUCAUGUCACGCCAUCAAACUAUGAGAUUUAUCCCAUUACGGUAUUGCUUGAUAGAUUUUCCAUUCUCACACACAGGCUUGUGUUCGAUGAACAUUUUAAUGUAAAAACGAUUGAAAUGUUAAACCUCAAGAACCUGAUCAAAUAUGUAUGUAAAUACUUUGAUAUUCGUUUCUUAGAAUACGAUGGGGAGUGGCUGAACGACGUUCGUGUUACAAAGUUUUCAAUAACUGUCGAACAAUUCUUCAAGUCUUCGUUACGCCCAGCAAUCAGCACUUUAAAAUAAUAAACUAUUUAUCAGCUUCACACUCUACUUAUACUCGCCCAGUUUUAUUCAAACCAAAGUAUCCGUGACUUUCCACAGACAAAGGGUCAUUAGCGAAAAUGUCCGAGUCAACAAUAGAACAAGCGAAACGGGAAAUAGAUGAUUCCUUGGUUCUGAGCGCGUUCUGUAUGCGUCGGAUCGGGCUCUCGUUCCAGGACCCCAUGACGGGAUCAGCGUACUUGCGUCAGAAACUAAUGCUCAUAUUGUCCGUCUGCAGCAUCUGCUACCACGUAUUCAGUGAAAUCGUCUUCAUAGGUCUCACGUUGUCGAAUUCGCCACGAGUCGAAGAUGUCGUCCCACUUUUUCACACUUUUGGCUACGGUGCUUUAAGUAUCGCAAAAGUAUUCGUGUUGUGGUACAAAAAAGAUGUAUUCAGACAAUUGUUGAACGAGCUGGCGGGCAUAUGGCCGAUGCCUCCACUUGAGGAGGAAGCGCAAAUCAUUAAGAAUAAAAGCCUCGACGCUCUACGCAUCACACAUCGUUGGUAUUUCUUCAUGAACGUCGCAGGAGUAUGGUUCUACAACUUGACGCCAAUUGCCGUGUAUCUAUUCGAGUUGUGGAAAAACGGGAAAGCUAAUAUCGGCUACGUCUGGGUGUCAUGGUAUCCGUUUGAUAAACACCAGCCGCUUGCCCACGUCGCUGUUUAUCUAUUUGAAAUAUUUGCCGGUCAAACCUGCGUCUGGAUAAUGGUCAGUACAGACCUCCUGUUCUCCGCGAUGGCCAGCCAUAUAGGUUUGCUAUUACGUCUGUUAAAGCGCCGUCUGGAAUUAGUAGGGACUCUUGACAAUGACCAUUAUCAAGAGACAACGGCAAACGUGAAACUGCAUCAGCGACUCAUCACAUAUUGCAACGAUUUAGAAAACGCUUUCACCUUAUCGAACUUCGUGAAUAUUAUGUUGAGUUCCGUCAAUAUCUGCUGUGUAGUUUUUACUAUAGUGCUCCUCGAACCGCUAAUGGCGGUGAGUAACAAAUUGUUCCUGGGUUCGGCUCUGAUUCAAAUCGGGAUGCUGUGUUGGUACGCAGACGAUAUUUUUCAUGCAAACGCCGAUGUGGCGGCGGCGGCUUACAAUAGCGGAUGGUACCGUACUAAUCCUCGGUGUCGCCGCGCCCUGCUUUUCCUUAUAAAGAGGGCGCAGAAACCUAUUGCAUUUACAGCAAUGAAUUUUACAAAUAUAACACUUGUGACGUAUUCAGCGAUAAUAUCAAGAUCGUACUCGUACUUCGCUCUACUGUACACGAUGUACAGUGAGAAUUAAACACUAAUAACUUCAACAAACCAAUAAAAUAGCCACUCGAAGUAGAUAAAGAUGUAGAUGUACAGAUAAACUUAUCAAUAGUCGUAGUUCACCGUAAUGCUAGUUAUCUAAGAGAUUACUGCCUCCUUGGACGUGCAUACAAAAAGCGCACAAAUAGAGAAGCUUAGCAUUAUUG